AUGGCCAUCUAUGCCGUCGGCUUGUUCAAUUUGUAUUUUAUGGACGCACAAAAUUGCUCGCCAUGCUUUAGUGAAAAACUUCUCGGGGCACCAAUAACGUGGGGGGAAUGGACUUUCUCUACAAACAAAAAUAGCGACCGCAUUGACCCCUACUCACGCCAUAACCCGGACGUGGAUAUCGUCUGGGAGGGCAAGAUUGAGAAUACCAUCAGUGUAAUAAGUGAGGCGGAGAUGCAGAAUCUUCCAGGUGGACGACGCACUGCAAGGGCGUACGGACCUCAAGACGGCUAUGCUGUCAUGAUUGAAGUUUUCCAUCAGUUGCAUUGUCUCAAUCAUCUUCGAACCUCGUUCUUUAUGGACCGCGACAACGGCAAGCCAGGCGGCAGCACCAUGGAUCCGGAGGAUCAUGCAGAUCAUUGCUUCAGCUAUCUGUUCCAAACACUUCUGUGCCACGCCGAUGUUGGGGUAAUGACGGUGACAUGGCACCCGGAAUGGGAUGUUUUUAAGCCUCAGUUCAACAUCACAAAGCAGUGCCGCAACUUUGAUGCUAUUAAAGACUGGGCACACACUCGCAAGGCUCGGUUUUUCCCCCCACAGAGGAAUUUUUCAAGCUAG